CCCCCGCCAGAGGAGUUAAUUCAUCCUGAGGGAGAAGCGGACAGACAUCCACAGUGAGCAGUCACCGUGUCAGGGAAGGACGGCAUGAUGUGGACCUUCGUACCGCUGCUGCUGCUCGGUGUGCUGCGACCCUGCACCGCCGGAGACCCGUUCACCCAGCGGUGUACGCCAUCCACAGAUGGCACCAUUUACAAAUACCAGGCAAAGACUCUCAAUGGGAGUCGCACUGUGAACUUCAGUGAAUACACAGGCAAGAGUGUCCUCUUCAUCAAUGUGGCCACAUACUGAGGAUACACCUUUCAGUAUGUAGAACUGAAUGCACUACACGAGGAAAUGAAAGCUCUUGGACUCACCAUUCUCGCCUUUCCCAGCAACCAAUUUGGGAAACAGGAACCAGGGCAAAAAGAUGAAAUUCUGCCAGGUUUAAAGCAUGUUAGACCAGGCAAUGGAUUUGUUCCAAACUUCCUGCUGUUUGAGAAAGGUGAUGUGAAUGGAAAAGACGAGCAAGAGGUUUUCACUUUCCUUAAGAACUCCUGCCCUCCAGUUGGAAACGACUUUGGUGACCCCACCGGCAGAUUGUUCUGGGGACCUCUGAAGAUCAAUGACAUCAAGUGGAACUUUGAAAAGUUUCUGGUGGGACCAGAUGGGAAGCCGGUGAUGAGGUGGCAUCCAACUGUCAACAUUUCUGAAGUCCGAGCUGACAUUCGCAAAUACCUGCUCCAACUAUACACGCAGGAUAUUUUUAAUUAGAUCUGAUUCAUCAUACAGCAUUGUCCAUCUAAUGAAGUAACUGUAGUGAGAUGCUAAGGAUAAGUAGAGCUAUGGUAGAAUGUAAAAUAGAGAGUAAUGUUAACAGUUUCUGAUGCAUGAAGAUGGCAUGUUGAAUGAAGAGGAGGCAUGAAAACAUGAACUCUGUGGUGCCUCUUUGGAGUCUGGGGUUCAGGACAGUCCUUCAGUGCAUUCAGGCUGCCCUGUAAUCCCACAGCAUCAUGCCAUUUUCUCAUCCCAGGACCUGUUAGCCAUUACAGCUUAAAUGUUACUCAAUAAAUCAUGGAGAACACA